CCCCCCGCCCCCGCCGCGCACACCCCACUCGCCCUAUAGGGGACGGGGGGCAGCGCCGCGCCGAGAGGCGCCGGGCACGGGGAUCCUGCAGCGGUAUGGCCCUCGCCAGGGCGGCGGGGCAGGCAGGUCCCGGCGCGGCGCUGGCGCUGCUGUGGCUGCUGGUCCGUGCGGCGGCCCCGCCAGCCGUGUGCGCCCCGGGGGACAGCGGCUGCCUCCGGCUCUCCGUGGCAGAUCUCUUCGACAGGGUGAUCCGGCACUCGGGCAGGAUCCACAGCCUCUCCACGGCUCUCUGCGCCGAGCUGGAAAACCGCUUUCCUGCCCGUGACAACGAGCUGGGGAAGCCCGCACGGAGGUGCCCCACGGCCGGGAUGCUGACCCCCAACGGCAAAGAGUACGCCCAAAAAAUCCCGAGAGAAGAACUAACUAACGUGAUACUGAAACUUUUGCACGCCUGGAAAGAACCGCUUUCCCACUUUAACCAGCACAUGGAGCACCAUCAAGAGUUACCUGAUGACAGCCUUAGCAAAGCUAAGCAGAUUAGCAAGAUGGUUCACGAGCUGGAGACUGGGAUUGAGAAAGUUACAGAAAAGAUGCAGUCAAUGGGCAUCAUCAGCAAUUCCUUACAUGGAAUGGCAUCAUCUGAAGCUGCUGGCUUCUCCAGUACUAAUGAAGCAAACAUGAUGAGCGACUCUGACUUUAUUCACUGUUUCAAGAGAGACUCCAACAAAGUACAAUGCUACUUAAAAAUUCUGAAGUGUAGGAUUAUGCCAGAAAACAGUUGUUGAGUUGUGAUCUCUUGGCAAGGAGUUUUCAGCAUGUUGUUUACAAGGAUGGGAAAAUAUAAUUUAUUUACAGUAAUUUCACUAGGGAAGUGGUUUGGAAAUUCUUUGGCAGCUACUUGAGUCUGUUAACCUAUGCAGCUGGAAUAUUAAAUAAAGCAUCGUGUGUGAUGUUGGUAAACGCACCAGCUAAAACGGAGUACUCCAGCAGUAGCUGAAGCCAUGUCUUUGACACAGUUUAGACAUAUGCAUGGUCACAAGUGAAAGUCAGUUUGUUAGGCCUUGGUACAAAGACAUCUAAAUAUUCCAAGUUUCCAUACAGACAGUAAUGCUCAAGUCUGGUCUAAAUGCCAUUUCAGCAUGAGGGCUUGGUACAGCUGAUGGAGCAGUGAACCUGUUUCCCAUUGCAUGUCCUGACCCAGUGCAUGGAUUUUACUGUAAUAAUGACAAACUCCACAGCGAGUAAAAAUCUGAAAGCCAUUAGAAAUUUUGCAGUCAUCACAAUUUCCUAUCAGUGGGGAGGUUGCUUACUGCUGUUCCUAGAACAAAACUUCUCAGCAUUUGGAUCCUAAAUGAGGCAUUUGAAUAGGCAUUUAUAAUCACUGUGGAUUUAUCUUUUAACAUUCCUGACUACUUCAUCCCUGAAUGCUCUUUUCUAGCCUCCUCUGAUCUUGAUGGUUGUUGACAGCUGCUGGAGCUCAGGCUGCCAAGAAUGGAGAUUAAAAUGCUGAUGAUUGUUUCAUACUGAUGCUGGAUUUGGUCUUGAGACACUCAGAGAACAGGAAAACAUUUCAAAGGAACAUUUAUGCAGAGCAGAGGUAGAACCUUUUCAGGUGCAUUUCACUCACCGUUGAUACUCAGAUACCAAUGUACUUUCUCAGCUAGAUGCUGUGAGCGCUCACAAUUUGUUUCUGGUCCCUGUUGUGCCACAGACACCAGAAGUGCAGUGUUUUACAAGGUGCCUGCUCCAAAGAAGUUACUAGCUGCGAUUCCUUAGGCAGGAAGGUGCCACAAACACAUAGCAAAAGAUCAGCACUUGAAGUUCUGGAAACAAAACACAUAUCCAGAUAGUCAGAAUAAAGAAAGGGUUCUGCAAGGAAGCAACACCACCAAAGGAGCAGAAGUGACAGGCCAGAGGGACGAUGGCACCACCCCUCCAGCUGCCGCAGGCCGAGGCCUCCUUUCCCUGCCCUCUGAGCCAUUGCCCAAGCUGAAGGCCCCAGUACCAAGUGUCCUUUCCUGUUCCCUGGGCACCAUUUGUCCUCCUGACGGACCUUUAGGAGGCCCACAGGACCAGCAGCAGGCCCCAGGCCUUGGAGGAGCCUGAGGGAGGGCAUGGAAAGGAGGCAAAAAGGGCAGGGUGAGGCUGGGGGUGGCGGUGUGGUGCCGGGCACCUGGCAUUGCUUCAUCCACAGAGAAUGGCCAUGCCCUGGAGCCUAGAUGCAGUGUGGUCUCUGGAUUUGGGGUACUUCUGUAGAGGGGGGUGCAGUGGUGUCAUUCCCAAGCCCCUGGGCUGUGCACACUACAACCUCUAAAAAGAGGAGGCUUCUUGGUUUCCAGUGUGAGCUGUGAGGUGAUUUGGUGAGGACCAGGAAAAUUAACUGCACAUGCUACUAGGUACUUCCAUAGCUGGGAGUUAUGCCAGUGGCUAUAGUUUAUUGCCAGGUGGAAAACAUUUUACAAAUGAAGCAGAGCCUAAAAAUGACGAUAAGACAUCGGGAAAAAAAAAUAGAAUCGAUCUUCUCUGGAUGAUACACAUUAACUUUCAGCUACCUCACACCUCACUCAAAUAUUGACAUGCAAAUAAAAAAGGACUUGGAGAAUCUGAAGAAUUCCUUAAAUGUUAGGUGUUGAUCUAAAGCUGGGUGUUUGUGUGCUUGGGUGAGCACUGGAGGCUCACUAUCGAGGGAGCAACAAGGCAACAGCCUUGUGAUGAUGUCCCCAUCCACUACGCCCAGCUUCGUCAUUUACAAUUGCAGCCAGUACCACCAGGAAACCAAGCUGCUGUGGGAGCUGCAGAUAACUGAGGUGCAAGCCCACAUUGGGAGCAUCUCAGCACCAGGUUGACCUACCUCAGCUUGUCUUACCCAGCAACAGUCUCCAAGCACAUAAUGUGGAAGCACGGUCAUUGAAGACUUCCGUAGUCAAUGGCAACUUGGUCCACUUAGGCUGUGAACCUGUCUCUGCAGGGGCCUUUUGGUCUCUCAUGGCUCACAAUGAACUCUGAAGUUAAUUGGGCGCUAAUUUCUCUCCAGGCCUUUCUUUGGGCUGUGGCUUUGCAGCUAACUUGCUUUCAAUUGGUUUGUCUUCCUUUCUAGUCUGUGAAGAUCAUAAUGGUCUUGUUGGUAGAGGGUGCUGAAGCAAGGGAAGGCACUUAAUUUAUGUCAGGCUUUUGACUGUGGGACAUAUAUUCAUCGGGGGAGCUGUGCAGCUACAGUGAUGGCAACUGGUAUUUAAAACCCAGUACUAGUAAAUCACGGUGGAUAAAACAAAUGUGAUGUAUCAGGGCAGCUGAGGAGUGACACUUGACCACUGUAUUGUUGUUCUGACACUGAAGGUAGUAAUGCAGUUUUGUUCCUUAAAGCAGACCUGCUCUGCUAAGCAGACCAACACAAUCCCAUUUGGCAGGGAACCAAUAAAAACAAGACAACUUUUCAAAAA